CCUACCCCCACCGUCGGCGUGAGCCGCGAGCACGGGAGCAUGAGCGGAGCGAUGGCCGGCGCGGGAUCCCGUCGGGCGACAGCGGGGGGAGGGAGGGCGACUAGGACUGCGGCGGGUGCGGCAACCGCAACUACGCCUUCUGCUCCCUGUGCAACCGCUGCAAGCAGCCGCGCCUCCUCGUCGACCCCAACACCCCGCGCGACUCCAAGUGGCUCCCCCGCGCCGGUGACUCGAUCUGCAACGACCACGACCAUGGCAAGCGGAAGGAUGCGGGCUGGACAACAAGGUGGAGAUCCUGGACACACGGAGGGGCUACCAAACCAAACCGGUGCUGCAGCAAGAACGACUCCGCAGCCCAUACAGGAGUGGAACAACCUGGAGUUAGAUAGGUUCAAUUCUUCUUGUGCAGACCUGCCCCCUCCUGCUCCGGGUUUUCACCAAGCAGGUGCUCUGCUCUUGUGCACGAUGACCGGCGUGACGGCGGCUAUGUAUGGCAGCGACCACAAGCUCAUCGAUGAGCGGCUCCCUCUCCUAUCCCUAGUCCUCUUUUCUAAGAUGGAAGUUGAAGAUCUCGCUAGGAGGCUCAAUUCUGUUUGGCCUGAAAGAAUGCAUUUGGGUCAAGAAAGAAGAAUUGAGUCGCAACUGAUUGGUGAUGGUACAAUGUGGUGGUUAUCUUUUUUCGUUGCUGGAACCUGGAUGUCAUAUGUUAUGUGAUUUGAGCCAAAUGGCAUAUUGUAAUCUUUUUAUUGCUGGUUUUUACGUACGAUGUCAUGAAGAUGUACGUUUGAAAUGUUGCUUUGAUAGCAAAAUUGUAUUCCUGUGUACAUGCUGCUUUGACAGCAAUAUUAUGAAAAUUUCUCAACAAUAUAUAUGCA